UUAAAAUUAAAAAUAUAUGUUAGCGUGUCAAAACUAAAUGGUACAGGCGAAGAGAAUAGGAUGAAUACCUGUGGGAUGAGUAUUACAUUAACUGAUUAGCCAAUCAUACAAUUCACAACCAAAGAAUUGCAUCAGAUAUCUCGAAUUAGAGCCGAAGAGAUGGUUGAGGGAGCAACAAUGGAGGCCGCAACCACCUCUUCCACCACCACCAGCAACAGCAACGGGCAUCGUGGAUUUCCGGCGGCAGCACAACCGGAGAUUAUGAGAGCCGCCGAGAAAGACGACCACUACGCCUCUUUCGUCUCCGAAGCUUGCCGCGAUGCUUUUCGCCAUCUCUUCGGAGCCAGACUUGCUGUUGCUUAUCAUAGUGAGACAAAACUUUUAGGCCAGAUGCUUUAUUAUAUUCUUACAACAGGUGCCGGACAACAAACCUUGGGAGAAGAAUAUUGUGAUAUCGUUCAGAUAACUGGAUCUUAUGGACUUCCUCCAACCCCUGCAAGACGUGCAUUAUUUAUUCUUUAUCAGACAGCGGUUCCAUACAUUGCAGAAAGAAUGAGUUCAAGAAUUGCCUCUCGUGGCAUGUUUCUUGCGGAAUCUCAUUUUGAUGAUUACGAUGAUAACAAUACUUCAUUUAUUAGCCAAGUAGACAAUGGAACCUCAUCAUCCUCUACGUCACAGAGCUCAAGGUUAUCUCUUUCUAGAUUGAAAGAAAGAUUUAGAAGAUUGCGGCAGUACGUAAUUCAGCAAUGGCCAACAGUGAUCCCUUUAGCACGUGAGUUUUUGCAGCUGAUUCUUCGAACAAAUCUGAUGUUUUUCUACUUUGAAGGCCUCUAUUAUCAUAUCUCAAAACGAGCAUCUGGUAUCCGUUACAUGUUUAUAGGCAAAUCAUCUAAUCAAAGACCAAGAUAUCAAAUUCUUGGUGUUUUCCUUUUAAUUCAGUUAUGUGUCAUUGCUGCUGAAGGAUUACGCCGCACCAAUUUAUCAUCCCUUGGAGGUUCAUCUCGUCAAACAUCUUUCGGGAUUUUUCAACCUUCAGCAGGAGGAGGAUUGCCUGUUCUGAAUGAGGAAGGAGAUUUCGUCACAGCAGACUCUCAGAAAAUUGGUUCUGUAAUGGAGUCUACUUCAUCAGAGUCUAAAGGCACAAGUAAAUGCACUCUUUGCCUUGGUGAUCGAGAGAAUCCCACCGCAACACCAUGUGGUCAUGUAUUUUGUUGGAACUGUAUCAUGGAAUGGUGCAAUGAAAAACCUGAAUGCCCCCUUUGUCGGACUCCAUUGACGCAUUCAAGUUUGGUUUGUUUAUAUCACUCUGAUUUCUGAAGUGCCAUUGUAAUGCCACAACGUUUCUGUAUAUUUUGGAACAAGAAAGAGGGUGAAAAAACCAGGUCGGCGGCAUUUUUCCUAUAGGAUGAUAUAGGAACGGAAAAACGGGCAGUGAUUAGCAGUGUUCACAAUUUGUUGUAGUUUAUUUUGUUAAUUCUGAUCUAUGAUCCUGAUAUAUGGAUUAGUUUCUGUAUGUGUAAUUAAUUAACAAAACGAACAUUUUAAGCUAAAAUCUCAUCUUGUGAGACUUCA